AUGGACGCCGUUGAACAUGUCAUCUGGCAGCAGAAGCCGGACAUUGUAUUGCUGCAGGAGUCAGACACCAUGCACAUGAUCCAUGGCAAUGUUGACAUGGUGCAAUACCUAGCAACAUGGCUGGGCAUGCACGCGUGGUCCUCCCCUCCCGCCCGCCACCAGUCCUGGGGCUGUGCCAUCCUCUCGCGCUUCCCCCUCCUCUCCGCCUCGCCCUCCCAGUCCCUCCCCUCCCCUCACGGCGAACUCGCCUGCUUCCAGCACGCCGUUAUUCUCCUAGGCGCUGGUAACAUGCUUCCCGGAGGCGGUAACAUGGUUACCAGCAGUGGUGCGGCUGCUGGUGGUAACCAGACAAGUGGGGUCGUGUCUGGUUACCCUGUUCACAUCAUGAACGCGCAUUUCAGUGAUCUUGAGGUGGAUAUUCGGUUGGAGGCUGAGCGGGCGGCGUCGCUUGUCCGUAGUGUGCUGCAGACAGGAAAAGGGGGGAAGGAGGGUGGGGGAGAGGAGGGAGUGAAGGAGGAUGGGGCUGAGAGGGAGGAGAGGAGGACUCAAGAAGAAGGGUUGCAGGGAGGAAUGGAGACAGCAGGUGAACUGUCAGGUGAAAUUUCAGGUGAAUCGGGUGAUGUGGUGGAUGGAACGGCAGAUGCUCCUUCACGUUCUCCUGCCCAUGAUGUUUUGGAAGCAGAGUCAGGGACGGCAGCAGGCGGUGCAGCAGCAACAGCAGAAGCUACUGGAACAGCAGCAAAGAGCAGUUUAUUCAGUAGCAUGGAAGCAGCAAGCAGUGCAGCCGCAUUGGAUGUGACAGAGGAAACUUCACACUCACAAGCAGCAUCAGCAUCACAAGAAGCACCAGCCCCUACAUCCACCACCAACCACCCUCUCGCUUCAUCCCUCCCCUCUACCCCCACUCCCCCACCAACGCCCGCCCCGUUUCACUCCCUCGCCCCCACUGCCCUCAUUUUUGGAGGAGACUUCAAUCUUCCCCCGCUCUCCCCGCCCUACCUCACCCUCCUCUCUUCGGGUCUCAUAGACACUGAGGCUGAGAAGAUGGGCGCGUGGAAGAGCAUGGGAGACCGGGACCCGGGGGCAGGGUAUGUGUUUGUGUCGCGGGGGAACGUGGAGUGUGAGGCGUGGGCGGAGCCGAGGUAUGAUCAGAGAAAGACGUCUGAUGGGUACCCUGUGGUGGUGGAUGUGAGGGUCACUCUCCCUGCUGCUGCUGUGUGA